GCUCUGCUUUUUUCCUCAGUGCAGUCUUCUUCUCCUCCGUACUUUUCCCUGCACAGGCAGAAGCCAUAGCCGCCUAAAAGGUCAAGGUUUUUCUUCCUCGUUGUCCGACGCCGCCGCUGCUGAUUCUCUUCCCCAUCCUAAACCCUAGCCGUGGUCCAUUUGCAUGGACCGAGCUCUGGCCCCCCGUCUGCGCACGCCACAUGCAUCUCUUCUAUAGGAACAAGACGAAGGACUCCAACUCGAGCCGGGGCCCGCGGCGGCCGCCGCUUGACCGGCGCAAUGCCGCCAAGCACUACGAGUAUGACGCUGCGUCUUCGUCGUCCUCGUCCUCCUCUUUUCUUGAUGUCUCGUCGUCGUCGUCUUCGUGUUCUCUGCAAACGCGGUCCCUCAAUUCAGAGGACCCCACCAGCUUCCGCAUACAUGGAGAUGAAGGGGAUCAGCUGGAGAUGAUCAUCAGGAGGCUCGGGCUGUCGGGCAUCGAGGAUCUUUCUAUACCGACCGCCUCCUGGGAGUCGAGGAAGAUCCGGUCUUCGUCCGAUCGUCUGCCCAGGUCCGGAUUGAACUGGUUGUUCAGUCCGAGAGGCGAAGAGAAGGCGGUCAUCAGUGAAGUUGCGCCUGAUAGGGCAGCCACUGAGUUCACCCGGAGAGAAACCGUCCGGUCCGACAGGGGAGAGAGGUCGCGGGAUGCCAUCGGCAGGGUAGCUGAUGCUCGCACGACUGAGUUGGGCGGGAGCGAGCUAGCCGAGUCAACUGAGUAUCGCCUAGGUUAUUUGCAAAGGUCGCUUCGAGACCAGCCGGAUGAGUUGCCUGGGGUAAAUGCGAUCGCGGAGAGCCCUGAAGACAGGCUCCAGCAGAGUGUCAAGGCUAAGGAGGAGGUUCCUGUCCCUGCUGAUCCAGCUCGAGAUGAGUCAACCGAGUCAACCUAUUGCAUCAUUGCUACUGCUGUAUGUGGCGGACCAAAGGGAAUUAGGCUUCCCGAGCUAAAGCCGCCGCCUUCCAUAAGAAUACCUGUGAUCGAUAGUGGACUCUCGACUUGGGAUUUGAUUCGGGAUCUUGCCCCUGCACCUGAACCCGAACAGGAACUAGCUGCCGUUAGAGAGAGAAAGGAGAUGGAGGAAGAAGAGGAGGAGGGCGAAAGGUGGCCGAGGUUUGGAGAGACUGGGUUGCUAUCGUCGUCUUCAUGCUCGUUUACAACCGCUUCAAUUGAUGAAGAUUGCUCUAGUACCAGCACAGAGUCUAAGUCCAACAAUAUUUCACCAAACGGGAAAGUUAAGAGGGUGAUUACUACCUGGGAAAAGUGCAAACUUCUGGGAUGCGGGUCUUUCGGAUCAGUGUAUGAGGCCAUGUCUCACGAUGGUUCCUUUUUUGCUGUUAAGGAAGUCUCCCUGCUUGAUCAAGGACCUGUAGGAAAGCAAAAAAUUUUGCAAUUGGAACAGGAGAUCGCUCUUUUAAGCAGUUUUGAACAUGAGAACAUAGUUCAGUACUAUGGCACAGAUAAGGAUGAUUCAAAUCUCUAUAUAUUUAUUGAGCUUAUGACUCUCGGCUCCCUCGCAAACCUCUGCAGAAGGUAUUGUCUAAAAGACUCUCAGGUCUCUGCCUACACAAGACAGAUUUUGCAUGGACUGAAGUAUCUUCAUGAGAGGAAUGUCAUCCAUAGGGAUAUCAAAUGUGCAAAUAUACUGGUGGAUGCAAAUGGAUCUGUCAAACUUGCAGAUUUUGGACUGGCGAAGGCAACAAUAGUAAAUGAUAUCAAAUCUUGCAAAGGGUCAGCAUUCUGGAUGGCACCAGAGGUUGUAAAGGCGAAUAACCACGGUGGCUACGGGCGUCCGGCAGAUAUAUGGAGCCUUGGGUGCACCAUCUUGGAGAUGUUCACUCGUGAGGUUCCAUACCAUCCUCUUGAAAGUAUGCAGGCUGUGUAUAGGAUUGGAAAGGGGGAAGCGCCACCGGUUCCUGACACCCUUACCCCAGAUGCCCGGGACUUCAUCUUGAAAUGCCUACAAGUAAACCCCAAUGAUCGUCCCACUGCUGCUCAGCUCUUAGGCCACCCUUUCGUGGGAAGGUCUCCUCCCAAUUACUUGAUGGGCUCUGCCUCUCCUGGGCCAUAUUUCUUGAGCCAACGAUAAAAGUCUUUUCCUUUGUUGUUGUAUGCGUGUUCAUUCACUAGGCCUGUCUGCGGAGUCAUAUUUCCCCAGGGCUUAAAUUCUUGCCUUUGAGGUUUAGUGCAUCGGAAAUUGUUGAUACCAAAUGCUUAGCAUAUUGGAAUGGCAAAUAGACUGUGAGUUGUGUUACCAGUGAUUUUUUUAAGGAAAUUAUUUAGGGGGAGAUUUAGGAAGAAGAGGGAGAACUCAGGAUGUAUAUAUCGUAUUUGUUGUUGAAACAAGUGUAUGUAUGCUGUACGAUGUAUAUGACAACAGUGCCGGUAGUUAUUGGCAUGGAGAAUUCCCUUA